AAAUAUUUUAGAUAUUUCAAACAUCUAGGAAAAUUCAAGUAUCCAUAUUUUUGUGAGUCAACUUUACAAUCGGAAGUUUUAAAAAAUUCAACGAAACCUUGUGCUGGGCUUAUAUUUCCUAAAUUACCCAAAAAAAUAAAAAUUAAUAGGAAAUUUCUGUUGACACCUAUGUAAAUUGCCGGGCCCGUGAGCCGAAGCCAUUGAAGGAAGCCCAGAGGAUGCCCAUCAGCCAAUCAGACCUGUGCCGCCUGGCCAGCGCAACCAGCUGCCGCCAGCUGCACCCCAAAAGCCUGUCAAGCAAUACGUAUUGCAGCUUGCCUGGUCAGGAUUUGUGCGACAAAUUCUUUAGACGAGACCCCAUGACAGAGCCCAGCUGCGAUCAUUGGCAGUUCUGCGAAAAGGUUCCCAAUCGCUCCGAUGUUGAAGCCGACUCUCUGGGUGAUCCCGUUGGACUUGUCUGCUCCACCAGUGUCCUGGAUAAUCCAUGCGGCGCACUCCCCCUGCAGGAGGAGGCGAAUUCCCGGAACUUUGCCACGUAUCUGAAGGCCUUCGCCCUGGUGUAUAUUUUGCCGGAGGUGGACUGGACGGCCGAAAAGAUCGACAUGCUGCUGCAGGAGGGCACGGAUCUGUUCGAGGGCAGCUCCGAGAUGGAUGCGGAGGAGCAGAGGGGGGAUCCAAAGCUUUUGCAGCCGGAAAUAUAUACUGAGGAGGAGAAGCGCAUCAACAGGGUGUUCAAUCUGGAGGGGCACACGUUCACCUUGGCGCUGGAGCCUCGUUAUAUGGGAGACAUAUCCAAACCACUUGAGAAGCAACCGCCACACAUUCUUGAGAACCUUCGUCCCGUGCUCCGGAGUUUCUUCAAAGCCGGUCGCUACUGCUUGCUGCUAACUCGAGUUGGACACCUGCUGAUAUGGCGACGCAGGAAAUCUUUCUUCGUCCUGGACGUCAAGGGAAGGAGGAGGGAUAAUCUUGAGACGGUUGAGAAAAAUGGAGUGGCCAUGCUGGUAUGUCUGAAAUCCAUUGAUAAUGUGGUCCAUCUUGCGGCCAAUUUGAGUGGCAUCACGCCCAAGGAUAGUUUCACCAUCCGGGAACUGGUAGUGGUGCGUUUGGAGACGCCCGAUGGACGAAUUUAUAUGAGAGACACCAGCCACCGGUCCAUCGAAUUCAAGGUGGUUAACAAGAACUACGCGUAUCUGAAGGGAUCCUUGCAUCUCUCUUUGAACAAAGAGGCGUUAGCUCGAAACCGCAGCAGCCUUAUGGUGGCUGUCGCCGCAAUCCUCGCCAGCAAAAUCGAUCAUCCGGCUAACUGGAACACCAACAUGUUGGACCGACUGAUCUGCUAUGGCGUGCAGCUGUGCCGGAGCUGCUGGUCGGAUUGUUUGAGAGAUCGAAGACCCAUUGACCUGGACACCUUUCCAACCCAGCUGCGGAUGGGCCAGUUUGUGUUGGAGCUCAAGCUCAUACCGAAUGUAAGAACUGGCCACUGGAAAUGUGGCGUACGGAUCGUCAGUACGGACUUCGAGGCCCAUGUGAAGCAGGCGCUUAAGGAGUACGGCAACGUGGUGUUCCAAAUGAACGACCAGAUGUACUCCAUGUGGGCCAAGGAUGAGUUCUUCUACCUAAUGGAUCCCUAUCGCCACACCAUUGUGGGUACUCAUAUUGCCGAGGACAAGGUGGAGGGCGCCAAGUGGGCCACGGUGCGCAUGUUCCGCGAUCAGCUGACCAUGCUCAGCGUGUUCCACCAGAUGCUGAAGGAAUCGAACCGCCAGUCGGCCUACUACUUGCAUGUGGUGCGUAUUCGCAAUCUGGCCGAGUGCCCCAAGGGAUUUGCCCUCGCCCCCUUGCCCGACGAUGUGGACGCCAUGGACGUCGAGUCCCUGAACGAAACUAUACUUUUCAAUGAACAGAAAGCCGUCAGGGUCGGCGACAAAUGCCUGGGGGAAAUCAGCGACUUUGAGGAGGACUUGAUCAGUCUGACGGAGGACAAUUUCGAUGUAGAAAAUUUCAAAUUACUGACCGAUCGUCAGAUAGCAGGAGCCGAGGGUGAACUGGAGGAAAACAUGGAGGAGCAGCGAAGGUCUCGGGCCAAGAGCCGUACUCGCAGUGCAGUGAGGAAGCAAGGAGUCGGCAACAGAAUAUCCGCCAGAGUGAUUGCCGCAAAGGCAGCGAAGGCCUCCAAAGCUAAUAUUCUUCGCCAGCAUCCGAAUGCCUUUGUCCAGGGAGUCAGACAAAAGGAUACGCCUAAAAAGGAAGUCCCUAAAAAGGAAACCAAUAAAAGAGAAGCUCCCAAAAAAGUUGUAGCCUUUGGAGGCACUGCACUAGCCAAACAGAACCCACCGAAACCAUCAAGGGAAGCAGGAGGACGUGUCUUUAAUCUACUGCCCGUGAAGUCUUCGUUGCGGUCCUGCUCCAGGGAAACUCCGGGCAGAGUAACCUUCAAGAAUAUGCACAAAGAAUCUCACCAAAAGGUCCCUAAAACAAGCCCAGUCCAAAUGGCAAACAAACGCUCCAGCCUAAGCCAAGUGCAGAAGAAAUGUUCCAACGUGAAAAUAACUACCAACAAAGGUACCAAACCCCAAGAGGUCUCCAACAAGGCUCCCAGACCAGUAGAGGCAGCCCAAAAGAGUGCCAGGCCAGUGGAGGGACCCCAGAAGGGUUCCAACCAAAAGCCCACUAAAACGAUUAAAUUGGUUACUCCCAAAGAUACUCCCACUAAAGGCUCCAAUCCAAAGAUCUCCCCCACCAGAUCGGCUUCUCCCAAGAAUUUUAUUUUACGGGAAGGUCUGUCCCGUGAACCUUUUACGAUGCAAAAAGAAGAAAACCAAAAAAUAUUGACUCCAAACCAGGAACAUCUCAAGCCGACGACAUCCAGGUCUUUCAAGGAAAUGCUUCUGAAGACAAUGUCCAAGGUGAAUAAGCUAGGUGCGACCACAAGUGCUUCCCCCCACAAGUCGUUUGAGAGAGAGGAGAACCCACAUUUCUUCAUACCAGAAUCCAAUAGCAAUGAAAUGGCUGGAGGUAAGGCGGCGGAGCUGGAGGAUAACAGAGGCAGCGUUGUGCCAUCUCGUUUCCCUGGCUUCAGUCCGGUGCCUCAGGCCCUGGCAGUGGGUGGAUCCGAUAGCGGAACCGUGGAGAGCAUAGACCGUCUCUUGAGCUCAUCCUUCAAGGUGGCCAACCGGGUGCUUGCGAUGACGCCGUGGGGUAACUACGUGGUCUUCCGGCAUCGUCCCAAUGCUCAAUCGAGAUCCGCGGCCACGUGGUUUUACGUUUUCGACGGCUGCACCUGCGACAUUGAUCGCUUCCGGCAUCUGGAUCUUACCCAGGGCACGGACGGGCUGCUGGCAUUCCGGAAGCAGGCGGAGGUGGUGUGCCACAUUAUCGACUCGCGGGAAAAGAAGACGUUGGAAAUGCUGGACUCUCUGGACUAUAAUCCGCCGCACGAGAGACUAAAAAAGCAUAUGGCACGUUGACCAUGGAAACAAGUAGAUUUUUGGAAUCAAACUUUAGACGAAUAAAAUUUUAAGUAAAACUCAUU